AUGGGGAAGGUACUCUGUGAUUCCACCACGGCUGUAGCCAAGUCGUUUCCGACCACCUCACCGACCGUUAAUUGGAGGGACCAGAACUCUUCCGCCGUGAUUGAUGCUAAUGGAGCUCUGGAUCUUCUGGACCAGACGGCGGCCGUCGUGGCCACUGCCUGGGAUGAUGUUCUUGGUCUUGAGGACCAGCAGAGGCGGCAGCUUCAGAGACUUCAUGCCAAGGGCGUUCUCUGGAAGCAACCGGAGCUGGAUGGUGGAGAUUCCUCUUCGGCGCGGUUGAGAUCUGUUGUGUUUCGGCUCUCGCAUGGCGGUGAGGUGUCUUCUGAUGGAAAUUGCUUGUUUACGGCUUCUCACAAGGCUAUGAGUAUGGCGCGUGAGGUCGACGCUCGCGAGCUCCGGCGCCGGACGGUGAGGCGAUUCUUGGAGGAUUUUGAAUCUGCAAGAUUGGAGGAGAAGGAGGUGAUUAAUGACGCGAUUAGUCAUCUGUACUCGCCCGAUCUGAAGAAUGGAUGGGGAAUCCAUGUGGUUCAAGAGGUUAAAUUGUUGACCAAGAAAGAGGAUCGGCCGGCAUUGGACGGAGCUAUCGACGAGCUCGUUCAACUUGGAAUGCAGAGAGAAACGGCGGCGGAGUCGAUUUACAAAGAAAGAUGUAUUCCGAUUAACGACGGUGCUAGUUGGGCGAAAUACAUGUCAAUUUCCGGUUCCCAUAGCGAUGAGUACGAUAUUAUUACUCUGCAAUAUGCAGAGGACGGAUUGUUACAUGUGGAUGAGAACAGAGAGGGCCACGCCGCAGCUUUUGGGGAUGACAUAGCGAUUGAAUGUCUUGCAACAGAGUUCAAGCGUGAGAUAUACGUUGUGCAAGCACAUGGAUCCGAUGCAAUGGUUGAUGAAGAAAAUUGUGUUUUCUUUCUUCCACACCGUCCCAGGAGCGAAAUUUGCGAAGUUCCUUUCUUUCUUUUCAUGAAAGGAACAGGUUGGUGCGGCGCCGGAGCUGACCAUUACGAGCCUCUCAUCGCCCACUGUUCUUCGUUUGUUUCACAGGAGAAAGUGGCAAUGGUACUUUGAGGUCUCAGUGCUGCAAUUUUGUGGCUUAGAUUUCGAGUAGAGAAUUAAUUUAGUAAGUCAAUUUAUUCUUGAGGGUAUUAUUUGACGGCUUGCAAUCAGAAUGGGAGGAAUCAAAAUCUAGGUUGCAUUGCCUUACAUUCUUUUUGU